AUGACACUCUGGCUGAAUUCUAAACCCAAACGAUUCUCGGAAGAGUUUAAUAUCAUACCGUGCAAGAAGGAGUCUGUGCCAACAGCGUUUAAUGGUGGUUCCAUCAAAGUGCCACAAUCUAUGGGAAACAGGAACUCUACAGUAAGAAAUUC